UAUAAUGGAAACAAAGAUCCUUCCAACCUCUCUCUCCAUAAAUCAUGUGAAAAGCUACCCCGUCAGAUUCAACAUCCAAUGCACCGGAAGCACCCACUUAUUCUUCGCAAACCUAGAUACUACUCGAUGACUAAGUGUGAUGUAUGUUCCCAACGCUGUAGAGACAACCAUACUUACACUUGUUCCCAAUGUGACUUCAACCUUGACCUCAAAUGUGCUUCCAAUUGGCGAAACAUUGGAAAUUAUGACUGCCAUGACCACCAAUUCACCGUCCUUCGGAAGCGAAUGAAAUUCACUUGCGAUGCAUGUAACAAACAUGGGAAUGGCGUCGCCUAUCUCUGCAGCAUCUGCCAGCUUUUGGUCCAUGAGGAAUGCACUUCGUUACCACGCCAGAUCAGAAUAACUGCGCACCAACACCCUCUCGUGCUCAAGUGGUCCUUUGGGGUGGUUCAGCCCCGGAAUCAAUUCUGCAGAGUCUGCCACAAACCCAUGAAGAAAGAAAGAGCUGUAUAUUCUUGUGAACAUUGCAGUUGCAUUGCUCAUAAUAGAUGCGUAAUGAAGGAGGACGUUCGAGAUGAAAUAAUUGCGCUGGAGAAAGAAAGGCAUGGCCAUACAACUACCAAAAUCGUUGACGAUGAGUCCAAAGCUACGAUGCUUGGUGAGGCCCAGCAGGGCGACGACCGGAUAGAAUUAGCUGCACAAAUCAAACACUUUAGUCAUCAGCAUUUGUUGUUCCUGAGAGAUGAAGUGCAAAAAGAUGAUAGAAUUACUUGUGACGGUUGCAUCGAACCGAUCACAGAUGCCUUUUAUAGCUGUACAAAACAAGAAGAAGAUGAUUGUCAUUUCUUUCUCCACAAGACAUGUGCUCAAUUACCAACGGAGAGGCUUCACCCAUUUCACCCACACUUGCUCAAACUCCUCCCAAAGGCACCGUCUACGGAUGGCAUGUUCGAGUGCCAUGCAUGCAGCAGCUUUAGCCACGGCUUCCUCUACAGCUGUGAAAGAUGCCAGUUCUACCUUGACCUCCAAUGCAAUACUCUUUCCAACUCUCUUACACAUCCGGCUCAUAGACACCCCCUCACCUUCAACACAAAGGAUGACAAGGGGCAGUCCUACAUAUCGUCAAUAAGAGGCAUAUUAAGAAGGAGCAACCCUUCUUGUCGAGGUUGUGGUGAUUAUAGUCAACCAGCUGUCCGCUUCAGUUGUGUCAACUGCAAUUUUCAUCUGUGUAUCCAAUGCAUUCAACUACCUCUUACCGCAAGUCACAGGUAUGACAAUCAUCCUCUCAAGCUCACACAUCGUCGGGUUAAAGAUGAACUGGGAGAAUGUUAUUGUCAAAUAUGCGAAGGAGAACGAGACUCAACACAUUGGUUUUAUUACUGCAAAGAUUGUGACUUCGAUUGUCAUCCUCAUUGCGUUGUUGGGAGGUAUCGCCAUGUCAAGUUAGGGAGCACUUACAAGCAUUCUCACCAACACCUUGUCACCCUUGUUGAGAAGAAAAAGAGUGUCAUUCCUUUUGAUAAGAGAGAUAACAUUCUUCCUUGUGAGGCAUGUGGUAAACCUUGUGAAGGAUUGGUGUUUGAGUGUUCUCAGUGUAAUAUCAAUAUCCACCGAAUAGGAUACUGUUAAAAGAAAAUUCUAAAUUCUCAGAA